UGAGAGAGACCGAACAAUAAGAAAAAAAAAUUAGUGUGUUUCGGUUUGGUUGCAAGAAAGGCAACGUUCAUAAAACAAAUCAAAACAUCAAUAGAAAAAAAACAACAACAACAACAUUGGCAGCAGAAAAUUAACUGUCAAAAAAUAAAGAAACUUUGAUAUCGUAUUCGCUUUGCGGGGUGUCGUGUAGAACGUUCAUUGAACAAAAGUAUUUGUUUGCUUUUGUGUGAUUUUCGUUAUCGCCGUUGAAUCGAUUUUAAAUGCAUCGUUGAGCAGCUACAUCAUUUACUUAAUUAGUUGCCACACAGUUGAACGCACAGCACAUAUCAUCAUCGUCUUCGUCUUCGUCUUUGCAUAGUAAAACAGAGAGAGAACCAUGGCUCUCGAAUCGAUACGUUAUAGCGAUGGAAAAUUGGAAAUUCUCGAUCAAUUAUUAUUGCCCGCACAAAAUAAAUACGUAUCGGUGAAAGGUGUCGAAGAUGGAUGGAAAGUGAUCAAUCGCAUGCAAGUGCGAGGCGCACCGGCCAUCGCCAUUGUUGGAUGCUUAUCAUUGGCCGUUGAAAUUUACAACGAACAAUUUAAUGAUAAGAAAUCAUUGCGACAAGAAAUCGAAGGAAAACUCAAUUAUUUGGUGUCAGCACGACCAACGGCUGUCAAUAUGAAAAUUGCCGCUGAUGAGCUCAUAAAAUUAUCUAAUGAGUUGGCAAUUAAUGACGACAUAAGUGUGAACGAAAUGAAACAAAAAUUCCUUGAUACCACCGAAGCAAUGCUACGAAAAGAUAUCGAAGAUAAUAAAGCGAUCGGCACAAAUGGAGCCAAUGCAAUUUUACAAAAUAAAACAGACGGUUCAUCGGUUCGGGUGUUAACACAUUGUAACACUGGUUCAUUGGCGACGGCUGGCUAUGGAACGGCUUUGGGAGUUGUUCGAAAAUUAUUCGAGAUGAAUCGUUUGGAGCAUAUCUAUUGUACCGAAACGCGACCAUAUAAUCAAGGUGCACGAUUAACUGCAUUUGAAUUGGUACACGACAAACUGCCGGCCACACUGAUCAUUGAUAGCAUGGUUUCUGCUUUAAUGCAAAAAAAGAAUAUCGCUGCUGUGGUUGUCGGUGCAGACCGUGUUGUGGCCAAUGGUGAUACAGCCAAUAAAAUUGGAACAUAUCAAAUUGCCGUCGUCGCCAAAUAUCACAAUGUUCCAUUUUAUAUAGCCGCACCGUUGACUUCAAUCGAUUUGAAAAUAUCAAGCGGUGAACAAAUACAAAUUGAAGAACGUCCCCAACGUGAGAUGACCCACGUCGGCGAUCAUAGAAUCGCUGCUCAAGGCAUUAAGUGCUGGAAUCCAGCAUUUGAUGUCACACCCGCACAUCUAAUUACAGGAAUUAUAACGGAAAAGGGGGUUUUCAAACCAGAUGAAAUGCGGGAAAAAGUCAGCGAAUUCCUUCAAACUGGAAAAUAAUGCACAAUCGAAAUAUAAAAUAAAAUUUAUCCCAGUAUUUUCUGAGAUAACUUAACUAAAAAUAAAAAAAAGAUGAAACAACGACGAGAUAAGAAAAA